GAGAGGGAGAGAGGAGAGAAGAGCUUUUGGGAGCUUCCAGACGCACAGAGCUUCGGCCAUGGCAGAGCCAAAUGAUUCCAUUUCGGUUGACAUGGAGAAGAUCUAUCUCGGCGGAAAGGAACAUCAUAUUCAAACCGGUUGUGGCUCUGUGUCUGUCAUUGUCUAUGGGGAUCAGGAUAAGCCAGCUCUCGUCACUUAUCCAGAUUUAGCCCUAAAUCAUAUGUCAUGCUUCCAAGGAUUAUUUUUCUGUCCUGAGGCAGCUUCUUUGUUGCUUCACAACUUCUGCAUAUAUCAUAUAAGUCCUCCAGGGCACGAGUUGGGAGCUGCAGCAAUUUGUCCUGAUGAUCCGGUGCCUUCUGUUGAUGACUUGGCUGAUCAAAUUGUUGAGAUUCUCAACUAUUUUGGGCUUGGGGCAGUGAUGUGUAUGGGGGUAACAGCUGGUGCAUAUAUCCUUACUCUAUUUGCAAUGAAGUAUAGGGAACGUGUUCUUGGUUUAAUACUUGUAUCUCCUUUGUGCAAAGCACCUUCUUGGACUGAAUGGUUUUAUAACAAGGUCAUGUCAAAUUUGCUAUAUUUCUAUGGCAUGUGUAGUUUGCUGAAGGAGUGUUUGCUCCAGCGAUACUUCAGCAAGGAAGUUCGUGGUAAUGCUGAAAUUCCAGAAUCAGAGAUAGUUCAAGCUUGCAGAACAUUGCUGGAUGAAAGAAAGAGCACCAACGUCUUGCGGUUUCUUCAUGCAAUUAAUCGGAGACCUGACAUUACAAAAGAACUGAAGGGACUAAGAUGCCGUACACUUAUUUUUGUUGGGGACAGCUCUCCUUUUCAUUCUGAGGCUCUGUACAUGACCUCAAAACUCGAUAGGAGAUACAGUGCCCUAGUGGAGGUCCAAGCUUGUGGUUCGAUGGUGACAGAGGAACAGCCACAUGCAAUGCUGAUUCCCUUGGAGUACUUUUUCAUGGGCUAUGGGUUGUACAGGCCGUGCCAGUUCAGCGGGAGCCCUCGGAGUCCACUCAGCCCAUCAUGCAUAGCACCGGAACUUCUUUCUCCAGAAAGCAUGGGAUUAAAACUAAAGCCUAUAAAGACAAGAGUCUCUCUGCAAGUUUGAUAAACUGACUUUUGUAAUUUAAACCCCUUAUUUUAGUUUAAGAGGGUAGGGAAGAGGCACAAAAGUUGGAAGAUUGUAGAUAUAAAGGGGAGUCAGGAAUUAUCGGAAAUAUAUACAUAUGAAUAUAGGGGGGCUUGUAUUCAUUCAUUUGUAGUCAGUCAUAAAGGAAUCAUUGAGCUGUCUCUAAUUUCCGGGCGAACUCAGAUAUAUAUAGAAGGCGACGAGCAAUCAAUAAUUGAGAGGGGACCCGUAGCCCCGACCAGUAGCGGCCGAAAGGGCAAAAAGGUUUAAAAAAGCGUGAGGAGGAAAAGAAA